GUGCACCGAAUCCUCGCCUCCAAGGCGUGCCGAAGGGCAAUCAUGUUUGGGGACAUGCUCGACGCUACGCAGUGCCAGGCGCCAUACCUCCCGUCAUCCCCGACGCCGGCCCUGCUCACCAAGCUCGCUGGGUGCGCGAUGCCGUUCUUUUGCGCGCACGGACGGCCAUCCAUCGCGCCCAUG